AGGUGGAACCAGUCUAAUCUGCACUGCUGCAUAUGUGUAAACCGGAUACGUCGUCUGUCGUGUUCCGGUUCAGGGACUGACAUCACAGUCACUACUUGGUCCCGCACACUGACGACGCUGUUAGACUGUAGUCUGUAGGAACACUGAGAUGGCUGCGUACAUCGUCCUCCCUAUCGCCUGUGUCCUGCCCGCUCUGGUCCUGGGCUACCCUACAGGAGCAGGAGAUCCAGCCUGCAUCAACCUCACUCCUCAACAUCGCAGUUCCAUCGCCCAGAACUCAACGCCGCCAUACUCUCUCUUCGUAGAUACAAAUUCCAUCAAACAGGGAGGGAUGGUUACAGUCACCCUGAACGCAACUGCCACCAACGGAUACUUCAAGGGUUUCCUGGUCCAAGCCCGCUGUACCAAGUGUAGCACCGCCGACACUGCCAUAGUGCCCGGGACUUUUGCCAAGUAUACCGCCUCGGAUGGUACUAUUCAAACCAAAAACUGUGCAGAUGGCGACAAGAACUCCAUCACCCACACAAAUGCAUCUGAGAAGACGUCCGUUAUGUUCACCUGGAAGGCACCAGCUGGUUACGACGUGUCACAGGGCAUCGAGUUCAGGGCUACAGUUGUCCAGAGUCUACGAACAUGGUGGAACACGGUGAUGUCUGACGAGAUCAGCGUCACGACCAGCAGCUGCUCACGGUCUGCAUCGGCGAUGGUUGUUGUCAUUGGCUCCAUCAUUGCUUCUCUCUUCCUGUAGGAGUUUCAUGCUAUCUAUAAAUCUUACAAUGCCUAUAAACACAUUUUUUUGUUUUUAAUGGAAUUCAUGCAGGACCUUCUUCCACAAGAAAACAGCGAUUGUUUUUCUCAAACCAUUUUAAGACGCUUCAAAUGCGGAUCUGAAAUUCCACUGUAUUUUAAAUUAAUAUCUGUAUCAAUAAUUAUAAUUUUGUAAUUUUUUCAACACUAUUAUCGUAUUUGUUUAAUAGUCCACAAUUAUUCAUCAACUCCAGCUAUUAGCCUGAAAUGUAAAAUCCUGCAGUGAAGUUUGAUUAAAGAACGAUGAGCAUUC